CAACCAAAACAAAACAAAACACAACCAACUCAAAACUUCAAUCAAGAACUUUACAUCAACAUGAAGGUCUUUGUCUGUCUGCUCGCUACCUUGGCCAUGGCUAGUGCUGGACAACGCGGUGGUGCUGGCGGUGGCGGCUACUUGCCUGGCGGUGGCUUCGGCGGUGGCUCUCGCAUUGGCGCUGGCCUCGUCUCGCAUGUCUCCCAGGCCCAUGGCAACACCAAGGUCCACAUUGGAGGCGGCGGUGGCGGUGCUGGCAACUAUGGCGGCGGUGCUGGUGCCUAUGGCGGUGGCGGUGCUGGUGGAGCUGGUGGCUGGCAGGGAGGUGCUGGCGGUGGACGCGGUGCUGGCGGAUGGCAAGGCGCAGGAGCUGGAGGUGCUGGCGGCUAUGGCGGCGGCGGUGCUGGUGGCUGGCAAGGAGCUGGCGCUGGCGGCUCUGGCAGCUAUGGCGGCGGUGCUGGUGCCUAUGGCGGUGGCGGUGCUGGUGGCUGGCAAGGCGGUGCUGGUGCUGGACGCAGUGCUGGCGGCUGGCAGGGAGCUGGAGCUGGUGCUGGCGCUGGCGCUAAUGCCUGGGGUCCACCGGCCCAGUUCGAUUACACUGUGAACCAUGGUGGUGCCGGUGCCGGUGGCUCUCGUGGUGGUGCUGGCUGGUGGAACGAUUAAGUGUAGCAUACUUACAGCAAAAAUGUAAAAUGAGCUUGAUAACCGAAUAAAUGAU